AUUUACUUCUGCUGUUGCUCCAUUUCCCAACCACCACUAAACUAUUCCUCUCACCUUGUCCCACUUCCUCCCCAUUCUUCUUCUACAUCUUCUUCUUCUUCUACUUGUUGAAUCUCAACCAAACAUGCAGAUCUCUAACAAGUAUUCACACUCUGAGAUCACCCUGCACACCUCCAAGAAAGAUUGCUGGCUGGUCAUUCAUGGCAAGGUUUAUGAUGUGACCACUUUCUUGGAAGAUCAUCCUGGAGGGGAAGAUGUGCUCCUCCAUGCUUCAGCCUCUGGAGAUGCAACACAAUCAUUCGAGGAUGUCGGUCACAGCUCGGCCGCAACCAGUCUGAUGGAAGGCUACUUGAUUGGGGUGGUGGAAGGCUACAACGGCGGCAGCGGUGGCGCGCCGAAGGCCAGAGAAGGCGGGGCAAUGAGAGCGAGGGCAAUGCAGGAAAGAGGGCCACCAUCAUCCAACUUCCUGGACUACAUUUUGCCUCUGUUCAUUCUUGCAGUUGCAUUUGGAGCUUGGUACUACCUCACUCAUUAUGCUCAUGAUAAGGCUACUUAUUAGAUGAUUUAAGUGUCUGCAUUACUGUUACUGUAUGCCUUUUGGUUUCAAUUCUAGAACUAAAUGUGAGAAGAAUAAAAUGCAGAUUUCAAGUCUUGUUGUGAUUUCUUGUAGGGGAUUUAAUGGUUUCGAUUUAUCGAAACUUUUUGUUUCAUUUA